AUGGUCAACUCCGCCAUUCUCCCCGCUGCGGCGCUCGUCCCGCUCGCCGCCGCCGCCUUGUACCCUGGGGUCACCAGCGACAACCACACCUGCGUUCUGAGUGCGAUUGCCAUAACAGAUUCCCGAGCCGAUGGCUACUCUCGUGUCACUGGUGCAGUUCCCGGCAAGGUCGACACUUGCUGCUCCGAGACCUUUGGAGGCUUGGUGCUUCAAACCCAGUUUUGGGACGUGUACACUGGACUGGAGAGCAACGGCCAAAUUCUGCCCAAGAAAUCUUGGACCGUUCACGGUCUCUGGCCUGACUUUUGCAAUGGCUCUUACACCCAGUACUGCGACCUGAGCCGUCAGUAUGACCCUAAGCCUUCGCCCAACACCACGACUGGCACGCCCACUGGCACCCCCGUCCCCCCCUACAAGGGCGAGCCCAUUGACAAGUGGUUUGCGUCCUACGGCAAAUCCGACCUCCUUGCAUGGAUGAACAAGUACUGGGUCAGCCAAGGUGACCCUAACUGGGUCUUCUGGGCACACGAAUUCUCCAAACACGCCACCUGCUUCUCUACCUUCCAGACCGAAUGCUUCGGUCCCAAGGUCAACGAGCACGACGAUCUGUUCGAGUUCUUCGAGACCGUCAUCAGCUACUACAAGGACCUGCCUACCUGGCACUGGCUCGCCAACGCCGGCAUCAAGCCCUCCAACACGACUGCCUACACCCUGUCCCACAUUCAGGCCGCACUCCGGGAGGGCUACGGCAAGGUCCCCUACCUGGGCUGUGGCGGCCCCAAGUACAACGAGACCGCGGCCGGCAAGGGCUCCCGCGACAAUGGCCGCACACAGCUCCAGGAGGUCUGGUACUACAACCACGUCAUCGGCCGCGUCCAGAACAAGGAUGUGGUCCGCGUCGACGCUGAUGUCGUCGGUGGCAGCCUCGGCAACUGCGCCAAGGCUGAGAACGCUGUCUGGUACUACAAGCGCGCCAACGGCAGCGAGACCACUGGCUGCCAGAGGAACUAG